AUGCCAGCCAAAAAACCCAUUAAAAAGUUUGACCGAAACAAGCAAACCAAGCUUGAAGUACUUGUCGAAGAUCUAGAAAAGACCGAAAAAGAAAGACAAGAACAAGAGGAAGCUGCUGAAAGUGAUGAUGAAGAGAGCACUGAAGAAAUUGUAGUCAAGAAAAUUGAAGCAAAGAAAGUUACCUAUUGUCCCGAAUGUACCUAUCCAAUCGACUAUUGCGAAUUUUCUGACAAAUGGCCAUUAUGUGAGAAGUGGCUUGAAGCAUUUCCUGAAAAGUUGAAGGAAUUGCGAGAAUUGAGAGAACACGACAAGUAUAAAGAUAAAACUGUGGAUAAGAAGGUUGCAAGAGAAGUGAAGGAAAUUGUGGAAGGAAGUGUUGGAUCUUCCGAUGAUAAUUCUUCAAAAACUUCAUCUGUUUCAAAGAAUAGAGAAUUACUCAUUCGUAUCGAUAAAAGAAGUAAGAGAAAACGUUUAACACUGGUUACUGGAAUUGAGGCUUUUAUGCAAGAUGCUUUCAAAGGAGAAGAAAAAGUUUUGAAGGAUGUUGUGAAACAAUUUGGUAAAAUGUUUGCCUGUGGAUGUAGUAUCGUGAAAAAACCUGAACUCAGCAUUGAAAUUCAAGGAAACGUUGCAGGAAAAGUUGCUAAAUACUUUUCAAAAGAGUUAGGCGUUGAUAUGAAUCAAAUUUAUAUUCUUGAAGACAAGAAAAAGACAAAAGCUGUCGACAUGGUAUUUCAUGAUGAGGAUGAGGAGGAAGACGAUGACGAAAAUGAUGAUUAA